AUGGCCACCACCACCUAUUCCCGUCAUCCCGUCAGCUAUGGCAGCCAUCAGAAGGCCCUGCCAGUUACAUUGCCACCAUCCGGCAAGGGUCCGAUCUACACUCAACCUAUUUCGCGUGUUGCCGAUGCCCCGGAUUUUUCGGACUCCAGUACAUCUUACAGCAGCAGCGGCCGGUCCGGCGGCUCCUUUUCCGUCAGGUCCGGCUCCAGCUAUGCCGGAAGCCACAGCGGCACAGACUACGAGUCUCACUAUUCACGCCCCGGAAUAGAUGUCGUCGACGAGCUCAGCGAGAGAAUGAAUUCAGCCUUCGAUCCGAUCCGGAUGGAUAAAUCACUGGCAAAACAGGCGCAGACAUCCGGCGAGCUCAACGCCAAACAGCGGGAAUUGCGAGAACUGCAAGCAAUGGCACAGCGCAGACUGGGUCGCGCAAGAGUCAAUUUCGCCGAAGGCGUGGAAGCGGCCAAGGAAGCCAGGCGCGACGUCGAGUACACAUCCAAGAAAAUCUCAUCAAUGAAAUCCAAGGCUGAGAAGAAACAUCCCGAAGCAUAUGCCAAAGCAAGCCGCAGCCGCCAUGCAUAA